AUGGACUCUAUGAUAGAACUUAUGAAGGAAUUAGUUGAUCCCAAUGUAGAGAUUCCUGAUUCUUAUUAUAAAGCAAAUGCAUUGGUGUCUAAGUUAGGACUCUCCUCGAUAAGAAUUGAUUGUUGUGAAAAAGGUUGCAUGUUAUACUAUAAGGAGGAUGUCAAUCUAGAGUCUUGUAAGUUUUGUAGUCACCCUCGCUAUAAGAUUGGUUCUACCGGAAAGAAACUUGCUAUUAAGGCGAUGCAUUAUUUACCUCUUAUACCAAGAUUGAAAAGGUUGUAUGCAUCAAAUAGUUCUGCUCCUCAUAUGAGAUGGCACCGUGAAAAUAGAAGGCCACCUGGUGUCAUGUGUCAUCCAUCUGACGGAGAGGCUUGGAAACAUUUUGAUAGAACUUAUCCAGAUUUUGCUGCUGAACCAAGGAAUGUUAGGCUGGGUUUGUGUGCGGAUGGUUUCACCCCUUUUUCAGUUGGGGCUACACCAUAUUCUUGUUGGCCUGUGUUUAUUACACCGUAUAAUCUUCCACCUGAGGUGUGUAUGACAAGUCCAUAUAUAUUUCUGAAUUGUGUCAUUCCUGGUCCGAGUAAUCCAAAAAGCAAGAUUGAUGUGUACUUACAACCUUUGAUUGAUGAGUUGAAAUUGUUGUGGUCUGAGGGGGUAGAAACGUGGGACAUUUCUCGUAAACAAAAUUUCAACAUGUGUGCUACUUUAAUUUGGACUAUUAAUGAUUUUCCUGCCUAUGGAAUGCUAUCUGGAUGGAUGACAGCUAGAAAGAGAAAGAAAUAUGCAUUUAAAAAGAAUAAAACUGAAGGAGAUGGUCCACCCCCAAUAUUAACGGGUGAUGAUAUUUGGGAAAGAGUUCAAAAUUUUCCAAAGGUAACUGAGGAGCCACCGUACAAAUUUGAUGGGUAUGGUAUUGCACAUAAUUGGACUAAACAGAGUAUAUUAUGGGAGUUACCUUAUUGGAAGGAUAAUUUGCUUAGACUUAAUCUUGAUGUCAUGCAUAUUGAAAAGAAUUAUUUUGAUAAUUUGUUCAACACUGUAAUGGAUGUAAUUGGCAAGACAAAAGAUAAUGUUAAGGCUAGACUUGACUUACCAGAACAUUGUAGACGACCGGAGUUGCGUUUACAGGAGUCUGCCAACAACAAGUUACUUAAGCCCAAGGCUAGUUAUUCAUUCACAAUGGAACAGAAGAGAAAAAUUUGUGAGUGGGUGGAAAGCUUGAAAAUGCCAGAUGGAUAUGCCUCAAAUUUGGGAAAGAGGGUUGACAUUGAGCGUGGAAUAUUACAUGGGAUGAAAAGUCACGACUGUCAUGUUUUUAUGGAACAAUUACUUCCGAUUGCUUUUUGUGGAUUGCCUGAAAACAUAUGGAAACCGAUGGCAGAAAUAAGUUUGUUCUUCAAAGACUUGUGUUCCAGCACAUUGAGAGUAGAGAAUCUGGUUCGGAUGGCCAAAAGUAUAGUUGUUAUUAGUAAUAAGUUAGAGAAGAUUCUUCCACCUGGGUUCUUUGAUGUGAUGGAACAUCUUCCUAUUCACCUUGUUCAUGAAGCUCUACUGGGAGGUCCAGUUCAAUAUAGGUGGAUGUAUCCUUUUGAGCGGAGCAUUGACAAGUCUAAAAGGGGUAUUAAGAAUAAACAUAGGGUGGAGAGCUGUAUGACUCAA